UGCAGUCAGCAGACUGACUGAAAACAACAACAUCAGCUUUCCACGAAGAAGAAGAAAAAAAAAGAAGAAAACACUAAACCACCAUCCCUCCGUCAGCUGAUCACGGAGCUCCCCGGAAUCACCGACCUCUCUCUCAGAGCUUCCGCGGCUCACGGUGCUCAGGAGGCGGCCAGAGAUGUGGAUCCAUCCCGAGGAGGUUCUGCUGGCCGGAGCUCUGUGGGUCUCUGAGCGGGCCAACCCGUUCUUCAUCCUGCAGAGGAGGAAGGGCCACGGCCGGGGUGGAGGCCUGUCCGGUCUCUUAGUGGGGACUCUGGACGUUGUUCUGGACUCCAGUGCUAGAGUUGCACCUUACAGGAUCCUGCUGCAGACGGCUGACUCUCAGGUGUACUGGAACAUUGCCUGUGGCUCCUCCAGGAAAGAGAUCACGGAGCACUGGGAUUGGCUGGAGAGCAACCUGCUGCAGACCAUCUCCAUUUUUGACAACGAUGAGGAUGUGACCACGUUCGUCAAAGGAAAAAUCUCUGGAAUCAUUGCUGAGGAGAGCCGGCUCAAUCAGACGGAUGAACAGGAGGAGGAUUGUGGGAAGUUUAGGGAGGCAGAGCUGAAGAUGAGGAAGCUGUUUGGAAUGCCUGAUGAAGAGAAGCUGGUGAACUAUUACUCCUGCAGCUACUGGAAGGGCAGAGUGCCACGGCAAGGCUGGGUUUACCUGUCCGUCAACCACCUGUGCUUCUACUCCUUUCUGCUGGGCAAGGAGGUGACCCUGGUGGUACCGUGGAUGGAGGUGACCCAGCUAGAGAAAAAUGCCACUCUGGUGUUCCCAGAAAGCGUUCGAGUCAGCACACGUCACACUGAACAUUUCUUCUCCAUGUUCCUGAACAUUAACGAUACCUUUAAACUCAUGGAGCAGCUUGCUAACAUAGCCAUGCGUCAGCUGCUCGACAACGAGGCAUUCGCUGCAGACCGCUCGCUCCCCAAACCAGCUAAGACGCUGAAGAACGUCUCUGCUUUGAAGAGGGAUUUGGAUGCAAGGGCAAAGAAUGAACGCUAUCGGACAAUGUUCCGGCUGACACAGGAUGAGCGUUUAGAUGGACACACAGACUGCACGCUGUGGACACCGUUCGCUAAGAUGCAUGUGGUGGGACAGCUGUUCAUCUCCAACAACUAUAUCUGUUUUAACAGCAGAGAGGAGGAUCUGUGUCAACUCAUCAUUCCAUUAAGAGAGGUGUCCAUCGUGGAGAAGGCGGACAGCAGCAGUGUCCUGCCGUGCCCCGUCUCUAUCAGCACCAAGAACAAGAUGAACUUCCUGUUCGCCAACCUCAAGGACCGGGACUUCCUGGUUCAGCGAAUCUCAGAUUUCCUGCAGCGAACUCCAGACAGCUCAUGGGGUGACACGAACCCGCUGUCUCUGCUUGGUAACUCGGCAUCUGCAGCAGCUAACUCUAACCACAAGGGUCAGCACUUCCACCCUGGCCUGCCAACAGCCACUCAGGGCCUGCUGCAGCUCUACCACCGGGAUGCCCCUGAGGACCUGGGGCCCAAAGCUAUGAAGGAGAAGAUGAAGGAGGAGUCGUGGAAUAUUCACUUCUCUGAGUUUGGACGAGGAGUCUGCAUGUACAGAACGUCUAAAACCCGAGAACUCGUCCUCAAUGGCAUUCCAGAACGUCUGAGAGGAGAGCUAUGGAUGCUGUUCUCAGGUGCCCAGAAUGAGAUGGCAGCUCAUCCUGGUUACUAUGGUGACCUGGUGGAGCAGGCCAUGGGAUUGUGCUCAUUGGCUACUGAGGAGAUCGAGCGUGACCUUCACCGCUCCAUGCCGGAGCACCGAGCCUUCCAGAACGAGACUGGAAUUGCUGCUCUGCGCCGCGUCCUUACUGCUUACGCCCACCGAAACCCGGGCAUUGGAUACUGUCAGGCCAUGAACAUUGUGACUUCAGUGCUGCUGCUCUACUGUCCAGAGGAGGAAGCCUUCUGGCUGUUGGUGGCGCUCUGUGAACGCAUGCUGCCUGACUACUACAACACCAGGGUUGUAGGAGCUCUGGUUGACCAGGGUGUCUUCGAGGAGCUCACCCGGGCCUUCCUCCCGCUGCUGUAUGAACGUAUGAAGGAGCUUGGCGUGAUCUCCACCAUCAGCCUCUCCUGGUUCCUCACUCUCUUCCUCUCUGUGAUGCCGUUCGACAGCGCCGUCUUAUUGGUUGACUGCUUCUUCUAUGAGGGCAUCAAGGUCAUCUUCCAGGUGGCACUCGCUGUUCUCGGUGAUAACAUGAACGCUUUGCUGGGCUGCAGUGAUGAGGGCGAGGCCAUGACCAUCCUGGGACGGUACCUGGAUAACGUGGUCAACAAACAGACUGUGGCCCCGCCCAUUCCUCACCUGCAUGCCCUGCUGACAAGUGGAGAUGAACCUCCACCUGAGAUCGACGUCUUUGACCUCAUCAAGUCCUCCUAUGAGAAAUACGGCAGCCUGCGCUCUGAUGUCAUCGAGCAGAUGAGGUUCAAGCAGAGGUUAAAGGUCAUCCAGUCCCUGGAGGACACUGCUAAGAGGAGCGUGGUCCGGGCUAUGAUGACGGAGUCUGCUUUUAGUAUCGAGGAGCUGGAGGAGCUCUACUGUCUCUUUAAGUCCAAACACAUGACCAGCUGUUACUGGGGCUCCAGCAGCUCAGCGGCUGACCGUCAUGACCCCAGUCUGCCCUACCUGGAGCAGUACCGCAUAGACCCCGCCCAGUUCAGUCAGCUGUUUGCGGCGCUGGCACCCUGGGUCUGUGGAGGCCACACCCCCAUGCUGUCCGCCCGCCUCUUCAGAUUGCUGGACCAGAACGGGGACGGACUGAUCAACUUCAAAGAGUUCAUCACGGGACUGAGUGGGAUGUAUCACGGAGACAUGACGGAGAAACUGAAGCUUCUUUAUAAGCUCCACCUUCCACCAGCUCUGUGUCCGGAGGAGGCUGAGUCUGCCCUCGAAGCCACAAACUUCUUCACUGAGGACAGUCGAGAAUCUUCUGUCCCGUCUGAUUUGGACACUCCAGGGCAGCAGGAAGUGAUCUCAGGUGAGGAGGUUAAAGAAGGAGGUGGGGACGGCGAAGAAAGGAAAGCUGGUGAGGAGCGUGCAAAGGACUACAGAUACUACCUGAGGAUGUGGGCCAAAGAGAAAGAACCAAAGACAGAGACCAUCAAAGACCUGCCCAGGAUCAACCAGGAGCAGUUCAUCGACCUCUGUAAGACACUCUAUAACAUGUUCAGUGAGGAGCCUGGCGAGCAGCAGCUCUACCACUCCAUCGCCACCGUGGCCAGCCUGCUGCUCCGGAUCGGAGAGGUUGGGAAGAAAUUCAAUAAUGGCAGCAGGAGAACAGACAACCCUGUACAGGCCCAGCCUCCUGAACCUGCCACUGAGGAAGAGUGUUCAGGUGAUUCUCAGGUGUGCCGGGCUCUGGCGGAGGCUCAGCUGGAGCCGGCCGCCCCACCGACGUCUGACGAGGAGGGGAAGGAUGACACAUCAGUGUCCUCGUACUCGGUGGUCAGCUCCGGCUCGCUUCAGUGUGAGGACAUCGCCGACGACACCGUUCUGGUGGGCAGCGGCGAGCAGAGGCGAGGCAGCGUGCUUGACGUGGAUUGGUCCAUCACUUUCGAACAGGUUCUGGCCUCACUGCUGACAGAGCCGCCACUGGUCGACUAUUUUGAGAGGAAGAGGGACAUCCAGAGCAAGAUGGCCGCCUGUAAGGCCCAGCGUGCCGUGGAGCGUCAGACAAGCUCCACAUCCGACCACGAACUUGCCCAGCACUCCGUCUGACCCUGAGCUAUACCUGUGCAGGUGUCAUGUAAAUAAACUCUCCCACCUGCACUGACACUAAUGGCUAACAGGCAGGCUAACCCCUGGCAGAAGUAUAGAAGCCCCAGAGUCCAAAAGAUUUGGUUUUCAACCUGAAAUUGGCUGAAAGACCAAUCAGCUGUGUCUCAUUCAACCUUCUUAAAUAUUCAGUACUCUACAUUUAUACUGCAGAUAUCACACCAUGCUAACUAUGCUACCGGUUAGCAUGCUGUUCCAUGGAUUAAUACCAUCAGAUCUCAUUAUGUGAACUCAGAACCUACGAAGUGUUUGAGAAGCUUGUCUGGGACACAGCUGUGAUGUUUCAUUUAAAAACAUGGUUUUAUAUUUCAAACAGCAGAUUUAACCUCAUUUUACUGUCAGAGAACCAGUGUUUGGACCCCAGGAGGACCAGGACUCUAGGGUACAGCUAAGGGGGAUCAGUGUUUGGACCCCAGGAGGACAAGGACUCUAGGGUACAGCUAAGGGGGAUCAGUGUUUGGACCCCAGGAGGACAAGGACUCUAGGGUACAGCUAAGGGGGAUCAGUGUUUGGACCCCAGGAGGACCAGGACUCUAGGGUACAGCUAAGGGGGAUCAGUGUUUGGACCCAAGGAGGACCAGGACUCAAGGGUACAGCUAAAGGGGAUCGGUGUUUGGACCCAAGGAGGACCAGGACUCUAGGGUACAGCUAAGGGGGAUCAGUGUUUGGACCCCAGGAGGACAAGGACUCUAGGGUACAGCUAAGGGGGAUCAGUGUUUGGACCCCAGGAGGACCAGGACUCUAGGGAACAGCUAAGGGGGAUCAGUGUUUGGACCCAAGGAGGACCAGGACUCAAGGGUACAGCUAAGGGGGAUCGGUGUUUGGACCCAAGGAGGACCAGGACUCUAGGGUACAGCUAAGGGGGAUCAGUGUUUGGACCCCAGGAGGACUAGGACUCCAGGGUACAGCUGAGGGGGAUUCGUGUUUGGACCCCAGGAGGACUAGGGUACAGCUGAGGGGGAUCAGUGGUUGGACCUAGGAGGACUUGGACUUUAGGGUACAGAUAAGGGGGAUCAGGGUUUGGACCCAAGAAGGACUUGGACUCUAGGGUACAGCUAAGGGGGAUCCAUGUUUGGACCCCAGGAGGACAAGGACUCUGGGGUACAGCUGAUUGGGAUCCGUGUUUGGACCCUACGAGGACUAGGACUCUAGGGUACAGCUAACAAGAUUAAUGUUAUGACCCCAGGAGGACUAGGACUUUGGGGUUCAGCUGAUUGGGAUCCAGGUUUUUGUCCCUGGUUAACUGAAAUAAGACUGAAUAGCUUAAGGUUUUUCAUUGUGAUUAGCCCUAGGUCCAUCCUGAAGUAUUAAGACCAGUUCCAUACCUGCAAACUUUCAUUUUGACAACACAGAAGCCUCUUUUCUCAGUUUCCUGCCUUUCUGUUUUAAACCUUGGCUGCUAUGUACUGGAGGCAUAUGUUGACUCAGGCACCAUCUUGGAGAGGGGUAGCCACAGCUUAUGAAAAGUGUAAGUCAAUGACAGCAUGAGGUCUGGAGGUUUGUCCUCAGUUAAAAUCAUCCAUAGUCUCUGAAUUGUGAAGCUGUUAUGUCACAAAUUUGUUUUUAUAAUAAUUAAUCAGGAUGAUGAUGGUAAAAGACCUCUGACCCAGUAAAAGCUCCACACACUGAUGAUGAUGUUUCAGCUCCUGUACAUUUGAAGAGCUGUCAGCUGAAUAAACGUCCUUUCUACUGUACCGUUACAGUUCGUUCUGAUGGUUCACAAGGCAUUCUGGGAAAUUUCACAUUACCCUCAGUGUGACCUUCACCCCUUCACCCUACCUCGCUAGGACACCUCGCCACAAGACAGGAAGGUGUUUCCCUGCAUCUGCUACCCCUCUCCAAGAUGGCAGCCAAAUAGACACAUGUCAUAACUCAGAAAGCAGCACCUUCAUAUAUAUAUAUAUAUCUAUGAUUUCUGGUGACAUCAUUCCCAUCAACGUCCUGUUCAAAGAUGUUUUAUCGUUUGUUUCUCUUUGAUGUCUCCUCCGAAUCGAUCAAAGAUCAGUCAUUGAUCAAUUAUUGAUCUGUUUAAUAAAGUAAAAAAAAUCUUAA